AUGCUUGUGGUUUUGCUAUCCCUGUUAAUUGAAACAGUCUCCGCCGCAUCGUUUCCUCCACCAACAGGUCCGUAUCACGUAGGGUAUAAACAGCAUGUCUUCAACAAAACCACACCAAAUGAUCCUGUGGCUCCGGCGAACGCAUCAUCAGUUCUGUUAGCAACAAUCUACUACCCAACCCUGGUCCUUCCUGUACCAGGAAACAACACAAGCCCAUACCUCGAUCCUACCACGGAAAAACUCUGGGGCGACAUCCUCGAGUACCCAAACAAUUCGCUUCAAAGUCUAACAACAUGGAAUGUAUACGAUGCUCCACCUCUUGAUCUGACGGAAGUCGGGGCAGUGCAGAAGCCAACAGUCAUCUUUUCUCCUGGUGGUGGCGAGAACGCAAUCAUGUACAAUGCACUGAACUCCGAACUUGCCUCCCAAGGCUACACGGUGCUUGCGCUUGAUCAUCCGGGCGAGGCUCCUUACCUUCAGCUACCCGAUGGUGCGCAAGGUGUAUAUGGUAUCGAUAUCACAGCAACCUGGAACUACACAUUACAAACAGCAGUGUACAACAUGCGCGUCUCGGACACCAUCGCGACAAUAAGGGGACUCUUUCCCGCCUACGUCAAAUCGACCAAUGCACCGUUCAAUACUACGCACUACUUCGCCAUUGGACAUUCGCUUGGUGGCGCUGCAGCAGCUGGUGCUCUCGCUAUGGAACCCUCGCUGCUAGGUGGUAUCAACCUUGACGGUCUUUUUGUUGAUCUUCCCGACGUUAAGAAGCCUUUUCUGAUGCUGGCCGGUGCAGAACAUACCCCCACUAUCGAUCCCUCCUGGGCGCCUUUCUCCGCCAACCAGUCGGGGUGGUACCAGUGGCUUAACAUCACGGGCAGCAGUCAUCAGAACUUUGCUGACCUGGGCGACUGGGUUGAUCUGCAAGGUCUAAGGAACAAGACUAUCACGCCCUCGUUAGGCACUAUUUGGGCGCCAAGGAUGGAUUACAUCGUCAGGACGCUUGUGGGAAAGUUCUUUGGGUUUGUUCUGAGUGAGAAUGAAUGGUUGAAUGUGCCGAGUCAAGCAUUCCCAGAGGUGGAUUAUAUCAACGGAAGCAUCUCCAAUGUGUAG